UCGAGUGUGCAACUCUCUUUCACGUUACAUAUUCAUCAUGUCUGGUCGUGGUAAAGGUGGCGCUGGCAAAGCCAAGGGCAAGUCAAAGACCCGUUCAACUCGCGCUGGACUUCAAUUCCCGGUCGGCAGAAUUCAUCGUCUGCUCCGCAAGGGUAAUUACGCUGAGCGAGUAGGAGCCGGAGCUCCAGUCUACUUGGCCGCCGUUAUGGAGUACUUGGCCGCUGAAGUCCUCGAGUUGGCUGGCAACGCCGCUCGUGACAACAAGAAGACCAGGAUUAUCCCAAGACAUCUCCAGCUGGCCAUCCGCAACGACGAAGAGUUAAACAAACUUCUGUCUGGAGUCACUAUUGCCCAGGGUGGUGUACUGCCUAACAUUCAGGCUGUGCUUUUACCCAAAAAGACCGAAAAGAAAGCCUAAAUUAAUCUAGCUUGAUAUAAAUCAGCCCUUAUCAGGGCUACUACAUUUAUAAAACGUAUAUCAAACUUCAUUUGCGUCAAAACAUGGUCGAGCCCUUAUUUCUUCUCGACAAUUAGACUAAUACAUAUGCCGUACCAUCCACCUUUCUGACACGAAUGAAUUAUGUAUCUCUCUUGUGUCUAUAAAACCAUGUACUUAAUGCAAAUAUUACCAUUAAGAUAUAUUAGUCGACUUGAAUUAAAAACAAUGGAAUUUUAUUUAACCAGUACAUAGAGACUGCAUGUUAUUCCACAAUGGUAAACAAUGUUAUUCAUUUCUAUUAAUUACAUUUACAAACGUAUGCGCCAUCAGAAUUGACCGAGCAUGUAAAUUUGGAGAAGAGACAUUGCAAACUACAUGUUAUUGUUUGCCAUGUAUUACAAUCCGUAUCUUCUGCGGCAACUGAAAUGAAAGAUCCAAAUGAAUAUACAGCGAAGAUAAGUAUUUGAAUUAAUCAUUAUGUAUUUAUU